UUAGAUAAACUCUUAUACCUUAUCAGCUUCUAAAAAUUCUUCAAAAAAACGAACACGAUCUAAAAAAGCUUCAUCUUGUAGUUUUUGUAAUUCAGUAUUCGAGGCCAUUUUUAUAGCGAAUUCAGGAUUCAAAGAAUUAGAAGUUAUCCAAAUUUCGAAACGCGAAAUUCAAAAUGGAUUAUAAUUGCACGUGGAUAAUUGACUUUUAUGUCAUCAUCAUCAUCAUUAGCAUAUUUAUAGAGCUACAUUGUCCCACCUGUCUCACAACUCAAAAUGACACUUAAUCCACAGUAUGAAUAUUAUAAGGCCCUGGGAAUCACUCCUACUGCCUCACCACAAGAGAUAAAAAAAGCUUAUAAGAAAUUAGCUUUAAAAUAUCACCCCGACAAACAUAAACAACGUCUUGAUGAUGAUACAAACAUAGCUUCUAUUAAUAAUCAAUUUAUUUUGAUAAAUGAAGCUUAUUCAGUUCUUGCACAUGAAGAAUCUAGGGCUCGGUACGAUUCUCUGUGUUCUACAGGAAAAGCUUCAGAUCAAGAAUUAUCUGGCGAUUGCGGUGAAAUUCAAUUAAUGCACAAACUAUUCCGCGAAAUAAUGACUAAGAGAGAACAGAUAAGUGAACUCUCUGAAUCAUUUGAAAGCCUUGCUAUAUCAAUGGGCUGGAUAAUACAAACUCAUAAAAAUGAAGAUAAGCUGUUUAAUGCAUUUGAAAAAGCAAUAUCAUUAAUUGAAUCCAAUAUUCUUGAAGACGCGGAUAUUGGCGAACAAGCUUCAUCGGAUAUAAGCCUUUCCUAUUCUGAGCUUUUAACACAUUAUCUUUCCGAUGAUGAUGUUGUAUUAGUUGUUGAAAAUCCUCAAUGGAUUAUGAUUGAAAAAGAACCAUUAAUUCAUCAUCAUCAAUUAUCGGAAUUUGCUGAAUUUCACAUGUUGUUGAUAAAAUCGGUUAAAAUUAUUAUUUCUCCAUUGAUGAUGGCUUGUACUUAUGGGACCUGGGGUGAACAAAGAAUUAACUUAUUACAAAGAUUUACGUCAAUAAUGACACGUUAUAUACAAUAUCUUGAAUUUAUUCAAAAAAAAACAACAGAUGAAGGAUUUGAAUCCAUUGUUGAAAAGAUGAGUACCCAGAAUAUCCAAUCUCAGGUUAUAAAUUUAUCGAAACAUCCAAUUUUAUCCAAGAUUUCCAAUGGUCGAUUUGGGCUAAACGUUUAUCCUCUUGUUAAUCUUGCAAUUUUGCUCGGACCAUCCUUUGUUGGCCAAUCAAUUUAUUGGUCAAUUCUGGCUGUUAUCCUUUUGAGUAUGGUAUCUGUGCAUCGCAAUGAAGAAGACUUAGAAAAAUUUCAGCAAUUUUUGAAUAUUUUUGAUGAAAUUGUCACUCUUUUGGAUAAUAUAACAAGUAAUAUCGAUAUUGACUGAUUUUCUGCUCAUGGAAUCGGCUAAGGACUUUUAACAUUGCUUAUUUUUUUAUUUUUUUAUUUUGCAAGGGCAUGUACGCUAAUAAAGUUAUUGCUUUUUAAUUGUGUAAUAAAUAACAAUAAUAUUGUAAACUCU